AUGCCUCCACCGUCUUCGCAGAAGGCGGAUAUUGAGCCGCCAGAUGAGAUCACAUCUGAGGCAGUUCGUGGGUUUUUGGCCGGUGCUUUUCGGUUUGGCUCCGUCUCUAUCCUCGCCCAUAUGAUCAUGAUUCUCCCUCACCCUUUCAAGUUUGCGCCCUCUUCCACAGCAGGUCCUCCACAGCACAUGCAGGAACAAGCCCAACCACGGCCGUCGCGUUUUUCAAAAGAAUUCAUUCAAUCAAGACUGUUUUAUCGCCCUCUGGAAGGCUUUUCCGAGUGGCUCUCCCCCACAGCCCGGAUCUACAGGGGUUUGACACCACAAUUCAAGGUUUUCCUUCAAAUCGCGGCAAUGACCCUGGGCGGAUGUGUCUGGGCUGAACACAGGGUUAAUGGCUAUAUUAAAACGCUUCGGAAGGUGAAACGCGCAGAGCGGCUGCAAGCGCAACGAGAGGCCCGGUAUUUGGAAUAA